AUGAUCCUAAGUAUCAUUUCCUUGGCGCUAGUAUCGUCCACUUUUACGUUCAUUUCUGCCACUUACUACACGAAAAGGAAAUUCAAGGCCAAUUCUACAUCUACCACAUCCCUAGAAAAAACCAUGAAAGAACUCGAGUCCAACAAAUAUCCCGCAAAAGCCCAUAAUUUGAAGGUAAAACGAAACCUUCUGGGGAAGAAGGAGAAACUCGAUGUUGCUCACACAGCUCUAUUCAUCAGUGGUGGGCAAGUGGAGUCUAUAAAAUAUUGUGAUCAAACAAAACCUUUUCGCCAAAACAGGUACUUUUUUUAUUUGUCUGGAGUUAACGUUCCAGGUGCAUCGAUUUUGUUCAAUUUUAAUACUGAGAAGUUAACGUUGUUUUUACCUGACAUUGAUUAUGAUGAUGUCAUGUGGAGUGGUAUGCCCUUGAGUGCGCAGGAUGCUUUAGAGAAGUUUGACGUGGACGAGGUGCUCUACGCCGAAAGAAUAAAUUCAAGUUUGAAUGACUUAAGUCACUAUACGAUAUACACUACGGACGUGGACAAUAUCAAUGACCCACAUUUGUCUGAAUUGCUCAAACCCUCCGACCCCAAUUUCUUUUACGCCCUCGAUGAAGCGAGAUUAACUAAAGAUUGGUAUGAAAUUGAACUUUUGCGGGAAGCAGCUAGAAUUACAGACAAUUGCCAUUUAUCUGUGAUGUCAGCUCUUCCUAUUGAAAAGAAUGAAGGUCACAUGCAUGCCGAGUUCACUUACCAUGCGAUCCGCCAGGGCUCUAAGUUCCAAGGGUAUGAUCCCAUAUGCUGCUCAGGUACAAAUUGUGGCACUCUGCACUACGUUAAAAAUGAUGAACCGAUGGAUAAAAGACAAUCUGUUUUGAUCGAUGCAGGUGCUGAAUGGGAAAACUAUACCGCGGAUGUGACACGGUGUUUCCCCUUAAGUGGAAAAUUCACUAAGGAACACCGUGAAAUUUACGAAGCUGUGUUGGAUAUGCAAAGUGUGGUCAUGGAAAAGAUUGCGCCUGGUGUUCAUUGGGAUGAAUUGCAUCUUCUAGCACAUAGGGUUUUGAUCAGACAGUUCUUAAAGCUUGGCAUAUUCAAAGAGGAAUAUUCUGAAAAUGAGAUUUUCGAGAGAAAAGCUUCAUUAUGCUUCUUUCCGCAUGGAUUAGGUCACUUACUAGGAUUGGAUACUCAUGAUGUCGGGGGAUAUCCAAAUUAUAAUGAUCCUGAUCCUUUACUGAAAUUUCUGAGACUUCGUCGACCCUUAGAAAAGAAUAUGGUUGUUACAAAUGAACCUGGAAUUUAUUUCAAUCCUUUUUUGAUUAAGGAAUACCUCGAGAAGCAUCCCGAAAGAACUGAAGUUGUUGACAGAGAGGUGAUGAAGAAGUAUCUCUAUGUUGGUGGGGUAAGAAUCGAAGAUGACAUUUUGGUCACAGACGAUGGAUACGAGAAUUUAACCAAAAUUACAAGCGACCCAGAUGAAAUCGAAAGAAUUGUCAGUGCGAGUUUAUCGAAAGGGAGAUCUCAUUUUCACGCAAUCGUAUAG